AUGCAGAGAAAGAACUUUACAGAAGUGACAGAAUUCAUUUUCCUAGUAUUCUCUGGCUUUGGAAAGCAUCAGAUUGCCCACUUUAUGACCAUCCUCAUUUUAACUCCAGCUAAACUCAUCAGUUAACUCAUCAGUAUAACUAUCAUCUAUGUUGACUGUCCCCUCCACAUGCCUGUGUGCUCCCUAAGCAUGCUGGCCAGUUUGGAGACUGUAUACACACUGGUCAUUGUCCCACAGAUGUUCUCCAGUCUCAUUUUUCAUCACCAGCCCAUCUCCUCAGCAGACUGUGCAACCCAGAUGUUCUUGGCCGCUAACAACGUGCUCGUAGCAAUGAGCUAUGCAUACUACAUGGCCAUCUGAAAAUCCCUGAGCUACACAGUCAUUGUGUGCAAAGGAGUGUGUGUUAGAUUAGUCUGUGGGUCCUUUGAUACUGUUCUGGUGAUGGCAGUUCUCCAUGUCACUGCCAUGUUCAACUUGCCCUUUGGAGACUCAGUGGUGGACCUCUUCUGUGACAUUUAUCCAGUCAUGAAACUUUCUUGUGUGGAUACUGCUAUCUAUGAGAUCAUCAAUUAUGGAAUAAGUUCAUUUGUGAUUUUUGUACCUGUGGGUCUGAUCUCCAUCUCUUACCUCUUGAUCACCUCCUCCACUCAAAUCUCCUCAGCUGAGGGCGGGAAGAGGACAUUUGCCACCUGUGCCUCCCACCUCAUUGUGUUCUUUCUGACAAUUGUGGCUCCAUCACCUACUUCAAGCUCAUGUGGGAGAACUCAGUAGAGUGGGACAUGUACCAUCACCACCCCCAUGCUAAACCCUGUUGUUUACAGUCUGAGGAACAGGGAGGUCAAGGAUGCCCAGAGCAAAGCUGUGGGCAGAAGUAUUUCUUAA